AUGGUCGAAACCGAAAACAUCGAAAACCACAUCCCCCUCUCAAACAAUGCCCUCGUCCGAAAAUUCCUCCGCAUCGACUUCCCGCUGGAACAACACCUCUCCGAAGCAACACUGCAACCAGGAAAAACAUACACCAUCCCCUUCAGCUUCAUAACCCCCUCACACAUCCCGGUGCAAAUGUGCCAGCACCCCUGCGCCAACGCCACCCUCUACAACGAACACCUCCAACUCCCGCCCAGCCUCGGCCGCAGUCCAUACUACAAGAGCACACACGACAUGACACCGAACGAGGCAUCCAUAUCCUACAGCAUCAAUUUCGCAGUCCUGAGGAAAUACGCCAAAUGCUCGACUUUAAAACAACUCCACGAAUCAAUCUACCCAAUCUACAUCUUCCCAACCCACUCUGAAACAGCACCUUUAUUCAUCUCUCCGAUGAACAAGUAUUACAAACUGCGCACCGCGAAAACACUUAGAAAAGGCGUCCUCCGCUCGAACCUGGGUUCCUUAAUACUCGCCACAGCUCAACCACCAGCAAUCGAGCUGUCCACCCCGCAACCGCGACAACACGCAGGAACAACACUCCGAUUACAUCUCCGCUUCGAGCCAAAGACUGCAGAACAGCCCCCACCCCGCAUGGUCUCGAGCGACAUCAAGCUGAAAGUAAUGACUUUCUUCGGCAUGGAGACUUGGCGGGAUUAUCCUGACCAAACGGGGCCUGCCACGUGGGGUCCCAGACAGGCGUAUUGGUCUGAGGGUAUGCCGCUUUGUUCGGAGAAGUAUGUCCUCGACUGGAAGCUGCAGAAGUCUGAAAGAAAUACCGGAGAGGGACUGUUCUAUUUUGCAAGUCUUGAUAUUGCGGUUGCAUUACCGGAGUCGCGGGUUUACCCGCCUACUUUUCAUUCUUGCUUUUUGUCGAGGACGUAUGCUUUCAAAAUGGCCUUGUCGUAUCGGGAUCAUGAGAAGGCGAAGGGAUGUUCAUCUGCUUGUUUGGUUGUUCCUGUUCAGAUUUGUGUUUUGUGA